CAAUUAUUCUUUAGGUAAAAUGUGGAGUACACAUUUAAAAUAAUAUGUCUCAUUCUGUAACUCUGUUCCAGGCACUAUACUUUUACUUCUGUAAGACCAUGGCGAUAAUAAUCUUGGCAGUGUGGCAAACCCUGCUCUUCUAAGGACUGGAUGAAAUCAUUUCAAGUUUCCGUCGCUGGUCUGGACGACCCGCCCGCCAGGUUUUGGGGCUUCUCCAGGGGAGUCUGAGUGAGGUGGGAUCUGCAGCACUCCCGAGCUGGCGGGCAUAGCUCCUCAACGGAGACCCUGAAACUGGAGGAGGCUCCCGUCCCGCCAGUCGGAUUUCCUGCGCUGCUCGCCGCCGCGCGCCACCAAAGACCCGCGGUUAACUCUGCGAAAGGUUAGUUUGCCGAUCACUGCUGGUUACAUCAAUACGGCGAGAGCAGAAAGAAAAGAUCCGAAAUACGAAAGGAGCUCUUUCCGGUGAUGAUGGAAGUAUUCUUCAUCUUGUUUGGGAAUGGUGAGGAUCCAUGAAUUGAGUUGUCAAAACUCGUAGAAACGCUACGCUGAAGACCUGUGCAUGGUAUCGUGUGUCAAUUGUACGUCAAUUAAAAAAUCAGAACGUAAUCCUGCAUGCAUGGAAAGUACUGCGUGCCAUUGCGUAACUGCAUACAUGAAUGCCGAUUAAAUGCAGGGGUAGAUGACUAUUUACAGCAACUAAGCGCAACUCUGUUGGAUUAUUUAAUUAUGCAAGCUCCCCGAAGCCGGGAAAGGGAGAAAAACGGCGGCUGACAUCACUCGGGGGCGGGGCCGAAAGCCCUAAGAAAAGUCGGUAGGACCCGAGCGGCAGCCGCUGCUAGACACCACCUCAUCAUGAGCAGCCGCAACGGCUCCGAGCUCCACGUCCUCUGCAGCUCCGGCCAGCUGUUCUUGCAGCCCCUCUGGGACCGCCUGAGGACCUGGGAGGCCCUCAUCCAGUCGCCCUUCUUCCCCGUCGUCUUCUCCAUCACCACCUACCUGGGCUUCUGCCUGCCCUUCGUGGUGCUGGACGUCCUGUGCCCCUGGGUGCCCGCGCUACGGCGCUACAAGAUCCACCCGGACUUCUCGCCGUCGGCUUGGCAGCUGCUGCCCUGUCUGGGGCAGACGCUCUACCAGCACGUGGUGUUCGUGUUCCCCAUGACACUGCUGCACUGGCUGACCAGCCCCGCCCUCCUGCCCCCCGAAGCCCCCGAGCUGCUCCAGCUGGUCCGCCACGUCGUGCUCUGCCUGCUGCUCUUCGACACCGAGUUCUUCGUGUGGCACGUGCUGCACCACAAGGUGCCCUGGCUGUACCGGACCUUCCACAAGAUGCACCACCAGAACUCGUCCCCGUUCGCGCUGGCCACGCAGUACAUGAGCGUCGGAGAGCUGCUUUCCUUGGGUUUCUUUGACAUGAUGAACGUCUUGCUGCUCCAGUGCCACCCGCUGACUGUCCUGACCUUCCACGUGGUCAACAUCUGGCUGUCGGUGGAGGACCACUCGGGCUACGACUUCCCCUGGUCCACGCACAAACUGGUACCUUUCGGGUGGUAUGGGGGCGUGGAGCACCACGACCUGCAUCACUCCCAGUUUACCUGCAACUUCGCCCCUUACUUCACACACUGGGACAGAAUACUGGGAACCCUGCGGUCUGCUCACGCCAAGUGACAUGCAGGCACCCCUCCCGGCGUAGUAGUGUGUGCUGUGGUGAGGAGUGGGUGUACUUCAGACAUUGUGCGUUUCACCUGAAUCGGGAGAGACACACUUGAGGUUGCUUUUUUUGUUUUAUUUGCUGGAAACUUAUAGAGAAAAUCUGAUGUAUUUUUCACAAUCCAGUAAAGUAAUUUAUGUGAUGUUUGUAUGUCAACAAUUAUAUUCUUGAUGUGGAAUUCCAGCUCACUUCAAUAGCUUUGAUUUCUGGGUAUAAAGUAUCCAAAAUCACUGGCGUAUUUAAAUAAUCUCUAAAGGGGUUUGUUUGUAGAACAAGGAAUUUCACUCUGUUUGAAGGUGUCCUAGAACUAGGCUAAAAUAAUAUAUUUUUAUGGAGAAUCUGAUCUCUGACUCUGUAAACAAUGAAACAUGUUCCUGCUGGGCAGUGACUAAGAUUAUUGCGCCUUUUUUCUUUCUUUUCAUAGAACUGUAUAUUUAUAUUGAAGGAAACGUUAUUUAUGCUUGAAAAAAAGUAAAAAAGAACAUAAAUCAAA